UAACCAACAAUUUAUUGCAUAUCCAUGUCCAAUCAAAGAUGGGUCCCCUUUUAUCACACGUCAUAAAAGUGAUUUAAGCCUGAUUUAAAUAUUUAAAGAAACCCCCUUCUCCAUUAGUAAGCAGAAAUAUCCAUACCACUAUUACCAUAACAGAGAUUUCUAUGUAACUACUUUCCAUUUUGUGUUCAUAAUUCAUCAAGAAAAUUGUAAUUGUUCCAAAAAAGUUGAUACAGCAUUAAAUUUUAUCCAAGAAAACAGAGAAAGAGAGGAAUAAAAAGAAAAGCUAGGAGGGGUUCAAUAUAUAUAUAUAUAUAUAUUAUAUGGAUGUAAGGAAAAUUGUGGUAGUAGUGGAAGAUGUGGACAUAGCAAGAACUGCACUUCAAUGGACUCUUCACAAUCUCCUGAGAUAUGGAGAUAUAAUCUCUCUUCUCCACAUAUUCUCUAUCACAAGAUCCAACAAGAAGCUAAGGCUUUUACGUCUCAAAGGUUUCCAAUUGGCUCUUUCUUUCCAAGAAAUAUGCAACAAUUUUAUCAAUACCAAGACAGAGAUUGUGGUGACACAAGGGGAUCAAGAUGGUGGAAAGAUUGGCGCUAUGGUUAGAGAAAUUGGUGCUACUACUCUUGUUGCUGGACUUCAUGAUCACAGCUUUCUUUACAGGUUGGCCAUGAACUAA